AAGAAAUUAAUUUUAUUUUUUAAAAAGAACGCGUCUCAUUUCCAAAAUUUAAUAAGAGCGACCAAAAUCUUGAUGAUUCACUUUCAAUUUCAAACCUUCUUUACUUCUUCAUCUUCAUCGAAACUCUAGCCACCUCUUUCAACUCUAACAAAACUAAAAAGCUAAAAACGACACCAAACAUAGCCUAAACGACACUCAAAAACAAGAAUGAUGAACCAAGAACGACACCAAGGCGGCGGAGGAGCACCGCACGGUAUACUACUGGCGGUUGUGGUGGUGCUGGUCAUCGUUGUGCCAUUCCUACUGGGCGACCAAGGCGAAGCACUGACCGAGGCCUUCUCCGAGCUCCUAAGCCCUAUCGGCCUCCUCCUCCUCCCUAUAAUUCUCCUUCUCACCAUUCAGUUCCUCUCCUCCGACCGCGGAUCCUUCGUAAACUCCAUUUUCUCAACCGGAGAACCCGAUUCGAUCCACCGUGUUAGCGGUUCACCAGUCGGCGUCGCCUUGUUUCUCGUCAUUAUUCUUUUCCUUCUUUACAAUCGCAUCUCCAUAUUCGGCGGCGACGAUGAUUCCGGCGAUUAAAACGAAUAUACCAACACAACUGGGCACCAUGGUCAAAUUUUACCCGGCGGAUUGAAGAGGGUGUUAAAAGUUGAGUAAUGAUUUUUGUACUCAAAUGUGAGAUGUUUCAACUAAUUUUUUUAAAUGGGUGUUAAUAUUAUUGUA